AUGUUACGACAAUUCAUUAAACAUCAAAGACAACUUCAUAGUUCACCAUCACCCAUUUUAAGUUUAUUUGGAUCAGGUAGACCAAUUAAACAUAGACCAUCACCAGAACAAAUUUUAAGACCACCACAAAAUAAAUCUCAAGCACCAGCAAAUCCAGCAGAUAUAUUGAAAAAAAAUGAUAUAUUAAUGUAUUCAAAUAAACCAAUAAAUUAUAUUGAAAGUGUUAAAGAUAAUGGAUUUUAUUUAUCUAAUAAUUAUUUAAUCACAUCACCUGAUUUAAAAGGUAAUAAAAUUGGAUUAUUAUUGAUUCAUUCAGAAACUUUUGAAAUUGAAUUAAAUGAAGAAAAUCAAUCAGUUAAUAUUGAAAAUGAUUGGUAUGUUACUUUUAAUAAUGAAUUAUUGAAAAUAUUUGAAUUAAUUCAUCCAAAACCUGAAAUUUUAGUUAUUGGAUUAGGUAAAAAAAGUCGAAUGUUAAGUAUUGAAAAUAGAAAAAUUUUAACUAAUUUAGGUAUACAAUUAGAAAUUAGUGAUUCUAAUAAUGCUGCUCAAAUAUUUGAUUUAUUAGCUACUGAAAGACCAAAUGUUAUUGGGGCUUUAUUAUUACCUCCUAAUAUGUAA